AUGGCUACUGGUUUGGUUGGUUUUGUUGGCCCUAUUGUAAGCUCGAUUGCAGGCAUUGGACAAUUUCUAAUGGCUCCAGUUGGCCGUCAUUUCGGUUAUCUAUUUUCCUAUAAAAGCAAGGUCAAGAAUCUGAAAGAUGAAGUCAAGAAGUUGAAGGAGAAAAGAGGUGCAAUACAGCUAUCAGUUGACGAAGCAGAAAGAAAUGUAAAAGUCAUAGGACCUGAUGUUAAGGGGUGGCUGGAAAGGGUUGAUAAAUGCUGCGAAGAGGCCGGAGAAAUUCUAAAAGAUGAAGAUGAAGCAAACAAAGGCUGUCUAUAUGGGUGGUGUCCAAACCUGAAGUUACGUUACUCGCCCGGUAAGAAAGCAAUCAACAAGGCAAAAGAGGCCACAGAAAUGCUAAAAGAUGAAGUUAAAGCAAACAAAGGGUGUCCAUAUGGGUGGUGUCGAAACCUGAAGUUAUGUUACUCGCUCGGUAAGAAAGCAAGCAACAAGGCAAAAGAGGUGGCUAAGUUGCACGAAGAGAGGAAACUGACGGAAGUGGCCUACAAUGAGCCUCCACCAGGGAUAGAAUUCACAUCCACUGAAGGUAUUAAGGUUUUUGAAUCUAGAAUAUUGAUUACGAACGAUGUCAUAGAGGCACUGAAGGAUGAUAGAUUCCACAUGAUUGCAAUAUGUGGGAUGGGAGGUGUUGGUAAGACAACAAUGGUGAAAGAAGUUGCCAAAAGGGCAAAUAAAGAGAAAUUGUUCGAUGAGGUUGUGAUGGCUGUAGUGUCCCAAAUUCCUGAUAAAAAGAAGAUUCAAGGUGAAAUUGGAGAUAAAUUGGGUUUGAAAUUUGAGGAGGAGACAGAACGUGGAAGAGCAGAUCGACUGUGUGAAAGACUAAAGGGCACCAAGAGAAUCCUUGUCAUAUUGGACGAUGUUUGGAAGCAUCUUGAACUGAAUGACAUAGGAAUUCCAUUUAGAGAUGGUCAUAGAGGUUGCAAAAUUUUGCUGACUUCUAGAUUUGAUAAUGUAUGCAACUCUAUGAAUGCUCAAAAGAAAUUUACAGUUGAAGUCUUAACUAAAGAAGAAGCUUGGAAUCUCUUUGAGGAGAUGGCUGGAAUUUCCAAGGACACAUGUCACACAAGAACUGAUUUGUAUAGCACACAGAAGAAAGUUGCAGAUGAAUGUGGAUGUUUGCCGAUUGCUAUUGUUACGGUUGCGAGAGCACUCAAAGAUAAAGAUGAGCAUUCAUGGAAUUCAGCCCUUCUACAAUUACGCAAGUCCAUGGUAAAAAACUUCAGCGAAGUAGAAGAAAAUGUGUUUAAAUCUCUGGAGUUGAGUUACGACUUCUUAGGAGGUAGAGAAAUUAAGGAAUGCUUUUUGUUCUGCUCCUUAUAUGCUGAAGAUUUUGAUAUUCCAAUUGAAGAUAUCGUUAGAUAUGGUGUUGGGAUAGAGUUGUUUGAGAACAUUGAUAGCGUCAAAGAAGCAAGAGACAGAGUACAUGCCUUUGUCGAUGACUUAAAAAAAGGCUAUCUCUUGAUGGAUGGUCAACCAGAAGCUUGUGUUAAAAUGCAUGAUGUAGUUCGUGAUGUUGCUAUAUCAAUAGCAUCUAGGGAGGAGCAUUCAUUUAUGGUAAGAUGUGACGAUGCAUUGAAAGAAUGGCCAGAGAAAGAACGACACAAAAAUUACGCUGUAAUUUCAUUUCGAUGCACUGGUAUGAGCAAGCUGCCGGAUAAUCUAGAAUUUCCAAAACUCCAUGUUUUACGGCUAGAGAACAAUUAUGCAUCAAAACUACCAAAUCUCCCAGAUAGUUUCUAUGGAGGGAUGAAGGAACUCAAAGCUUUAAGCAUGUUGAAUUUGCACAUAGAAGGAUCACUGCCGACAUCCCUGCGAUGGUUGACCAACCUCCGAAGCAUGUCACUAUACGAAUGCGGACGGAUCAAUGAUGUAUCUGUAAUAGGAGCAUUAGAGAAUCUAGAAAUUUUGAGUUUCGAAGGCACCGAAAUCGAGGAGUUGCCAAAAGAAAUAGGUCGGCUUAGUCACUUGAAGCUACUGGAUUUGUUGCAAUGUGGUGUGAAAAGGAUUUGCCUAGGUGUUUUGUCGGGCUUAUCAAAGCUAGAAGAGUUGUAUCUUGGGUCUAGCUUUAAUGAUGAACACAGGAUAGAAGAAACUAAAGCAACUUUGACUGAGCUGUGUGGGUUGUCUAAUUUUACAACUUUGGUCAUUCACCUUCGAGGUUUCGCAUACUGGCCAAGAGACUUGGUCCUUACGAAUCUAAAAGCAUUCGCUAUAACCAUGGGCCUUGGGUUCCAUACUAGAUAUUUUUGUGAUUAUCAAUUACAAAACCAGUUUAGUCUCGAGGAUCUUCACGAGAGUAAUCUUAUGGAGAGUGGGUUCAAGAAUCUUUUCAAGAUCACUAAAAUUUUAGAAAUAACACGAGCAGUAGGUGUGAAGAAUGUUGGCUAUGAUUUAGACAAAGAUAGUUUCAAAAAAUUAACAAAAUUGUUCUUGGAAGAUUGUCAGGAUCUGGAAUAUGUCAUUGAAACAACAGAUGGGGUUCCAGUUCCACAAAUAGCCUUCCCUGUGUUACAGUCGCUACGUCUCCAUAAUCUAGGGAAAUUGAAAAAGAUUUGUCACGGCCAACUACCAGAGGAGGCCUUCAGUGCGUUGAAAGAGCUGGCACUGGAAGAUUUGCCCGCAUUGACACUUUUGUGGAAGGGUCCUACUCAACUUGUACGGCUCCGCAACCUCACUUCUCUAGAACUGAAGAGAUGUGAUAAACUGGAAAGCAUGUUCUCAUUAUCCAUAGCCAGAGAUCUGAUGCAACUACAGAAACUUGAUGUGUUUGAAUGUCGUAAGAUGGAAGUACUGAUUUCGAGUGAAGAAGAAGGAGAUCAAAAUGAGAUAGCAUCAACAACAACAGAAACAACAGAUAAAGUUGUGUUUCCUAAACUAAAGGAAUUGUUUCUUGCAGGCCUACCAAGUUUUACUGAUAUCUGCAAGGCUAUAAAUGGAAUUGAGCUGCUGCAACUGAACCAGCUGGACCUCUGGGCGAUACCAAAGCUCAAUAGUUUUUGCAAUACUUCGGAUAGCAAUUACGAUACUAUUCAACCUCUCUUCAAUAAGUUUAGUUUAAGCACCAACGGAAUACUAGAUGUCACAGGAAUAGAUGAACCAACUGAGAUAUGGCACAAUCAACUUGAUGUCGGAUGCCUUGACAAAGUAGGUUUCAUGCGGGUCCAGUGUUGUGGAAAAUUAUCAAGUGUUGUCUCGUCUAAGUUAAUGCAAAGGCUGCACAAUAUACAAGGACUAAAAGUAUGGUGGUGUGAUUCAUUGGAAAUGAUAUUUGAUCUCCAAGAGGGUGUAUGUGCUGAUGUUGCUGAGAAAGAAACAUUAAUCACUCAGUUAAUCGAAUUGAAAUUGAAGUAUUUGCCAAAGUUGACGCACAUAUGGAAGAAUAUUUCCCAACAAACUCAUUGUUUCGAAAAUCUAAGUUCUCUAAGAGUGGAGCACUGUGACAACCUGAGGUAUAUAUUCACAAUUUCCAUGGCCAACGUUCUUGUGAAUCUACAAAUUCUAACAGUUGAACAUUGCGAGAAGGUAGAAAAGAUUGUCACCAAGGAAAAUGAAGAAGAAAUCUUUUCGCAAGAAAUUAACUCUGUCAACCUUUUAAAUCUUCCAAGUCUCGUGUGUUUUGGCCCGGAUGUAAAUGAUACCAAAAUUCCAGCCGAAGACACCAUUGUAAGCCUCUGCCCCAAAUUUCCAGGCAAUGAGGAUGACAUUGACUAUGAGGAACUGGACUUUGACUUUGAUGUUGGCGAACUUGUCGAAUAUGAAGAUGACUGUGUCGAAGAUAACUAA